GGUUGGUGAGUGGAGAUCAGCAGUCUAUGGAGGAGGGUUGUCCUCUGUAUUCCCGGGAUUCCACACAGGAAGGUCAGAACUAUAAAGAGAAUGAUCAGGGUGAAGAACGGAAAGCCAUCAAAGCUGAGCAUAAAGAGGAAGAAGAAGAGAGGUUGGUGAGUGGAGAUCAGCAGUCUAUGGAGGAGGGGGAGAUGAUUAUGGAAAGUAAACCGGAGGAAUCUUCUCUACAUAUCAACACAAAUGGACGCUUUGUUCGGAAUCCGAACUUACCUCAAGAUUUCAAGGCAGAAGAUGAUGACAUCACACAAUGUUCUCCAGGAGAAGAUCCCAUUAUUCCAACCGCACACCACAGACCUUCCCAUCUGGAGGGAUCAAUGGAUCCUUCUAAUCCUGAGGAACCUUCUGAUAAAUCCCAUACUAUGACAUCGGAUGUCCAUCUAUCCCAUACUAUGACAUCAGAUGUCCAUCUAAGACCAAUGGAUCCUCCUAAACUUGAGGAAUCUUCUGAUGAAUCCCAUACUAUGACCUCAGAUGUCCAUCUAUCCCAUACUAUGACAUCAGAUGUCCAUCUAAGACCAAUGGAUCCUCCUAAACUUGAGGAAUCUUCUGAUGAAUCCCAUACUAUGACCUCAGAUGACCAUCUAUCCCAUACUAUGACAUCAGAUGUCCAUCUAUCCCAUACUAUGACCUCAGAUGACCAUAAAUCCCAUACUAUGACUUCAGAUGACCAUCUAUCCCAUACUAUGACAUCAGGUGACCAUCUAUCCUAUACUAUGACCUCAGAUGACCAUCUAUCCCAUACUAUGACAUCAGAUGUCCAUCUAAGAUCAAUGGAUCCUCCUAAACUUGAGGAAUUUUCUGAUGAAUCCCAUACUAUGACCUCAGAUGACCAUCUAUCCCACACUAUGACAUCAGAUGACCAUAAAUCCCAUACUAUGACUUCAGAUGACCAUCUAUCCCAUACUAUGACCUCAGAUGACCAUCUAUCCCAUACUAUGACCUCAGAUGACCAUAAAUCCCACACUAUGACCUCAGAUGACCAUAAAUCCCACACUAUGACCUCAGAUGACCAUAAAUCCCAUACUAUGACCUCAGAUGAACAUCUAAGAUCAAUGGAUCCUUCUAAUGCCAAGGAGUCGUCCCCAGGUGACGGGGGUCACAUGGGUGAGCGUCCCUUUUCAUGUUCAGAGUGCGGGAAAUGUUUCACUAUACAAAAUAACCUUUAUAGACACCAGGCAUUUCAUACCGGCGAGCGUCCUUUUUCAUGUGCAGAGUGCGGGAAAUGUUUCACUACGCAAAGUAACCUUUUUAGACACCAGGCAAUUCAUACCGGUGAGCGUCCUUUUUUUUCAUGUGCAGAGUGCGGGAAUCGUUUCACUGCGAAGGGGAGCCUUCUUAGACACCAGGCAAUUCAUACCGGUGAGCGUCCUUUUUCAUGUUCAGUGUGCGGGAAAUGUUUUACCAACAAAGGAGGACUACGUAUACACCAAGCAAGUCACUCGGAUGAGCGUCCUCAUUCAUGUUCAGUGUGCGCCAAGUGUUUUACCGACAAAGGAAGACUACGUACACACCAAAGAUGUCACACGGAUGUGCGUCCUCAUUCAUGUACAGAGUGUGGGAAGUGUUUCAAAGAUAAAAGAAAACUUCUUGUACACCAGAGAAUUCACACAGGCGAGCGUCCUUUUUCAUGUUCAGAGUGCGGGAAAUCUUUCACUGUGAAAGAGCACCUUCUUAUACACCAGAGAACACACACAGGGGAGCGUCCUUUUUCAUGUUCAGAGUGCGGGAAAUGUUUUAUCGACAAAGGAAGACUACGUAUACACAAAAUAAGUCACGCGGAUGAGAGCCCUCAUUCAUGUACAGAGUGCGGAAAGGGUUUCACUGAAAAAAAAAAACUUCUUAUACACCAGAGAGUUCACACAGGGGAGCGUCCUUUUUUAUGUUCAGAGUGCGGGAAAUGUUUCCAUGCGAAAGGGAGCCUUCUUAGGCACCAGAAAAUACACACAGGGAAUUAUCCAUUUUCAUGUUCAGAGUGCUGGAAAAGUUUCGCUGAUAAAGGAAGCCUUCUUCUACACCAGAGAGUACACACGGGGGAGCGUCCUUUUUCAUGUUCGGUGUGCGGGAAAUGUUUUGCUGACAAAAGAAGACUUCGCAUACACCAAGAAAGUCACACGAGUGAGCGUCCUCAUUCGUGUACAGAGUGCGGGAAGUGUUUCGCUGUGAAAGGGAGCCUCCUUGCACACAAGAAAAGACACACGGAUCAGCGUCCCUUUUCAUGUUCAGAGUGCGGGAAAUGUUUCACUACGAAAACGGGCCUUCUUAGACACCAGACAAUUCAUACCGGUGAGCGUCCUUUUUCAUGUUCAGUGUGCGGGAAAUGCUUUCCUAGGGUUGACUACUUUCAUUUACACCAAAAAAUACACACAGGGGAGCGUCCUUUUUCAUGUUCAGAGUGCGGGAAAUGUUUUACUCACAAAGGAGGACUGCGUAAACACCAAAGAAGUCACACGGAUGAGCGUCCUCAUUCGUGUACAGAGUGCGGGAAGUGUUUCACUGAUAAAGGAAAACUUCUUAUACACCAGAGAGUUCACACAGGGGAGCAUCCUUUUUCAUGUUCAGUGUGCGGGAAAUGCUUUCCUAGGGUUGACUACCUUCGUUUACACCAAAAAAUGCACACAGGGGAGUGUCCUUUUUCAUGUUCAGAGUGCGGGAGAUGUUUUACUCACAAAGGAGGACUGCUUAAACACCAAAGAAGUCACACGGGUGAGCGUCCUCAUUCGUGUACAGAGUGCGGGAAGUGUUUCACUGAUAAAGGAAAUCUUCUUAGACACCAGAGAAUACACACAGGGGAGAGUCCUUUUUCAUGUUCAGAGUGCGGGAAGUGUUUCACUGGCAAAGGAAAUCUUCUUAGACACCAGAGAAUACACACAGGGGAGAGUCCUUUUUCAUGUUCAAAUCCAGACUCCGCCCCUAGUUCUCUCCAGAAAGAGGACCGGUCACGGCCCAUGCUAUCGUAAGAGAUGUUGUUCAUCCUUUAUGAAAACAAUAAAGUUAAUACAAAAAAAAGAAAC